AUGGCGCACCAUCUUUUGGAUUCCGUGCCAAAACAUCUCCGAUUCACCCCUGGCGGUGGAAGCACGAGAAACUUGCUGCUUCGAAACAUUUCGGCAGGAGAACUGCCACUGCGAAUAGAGCCGCCGGGGCCACCCUUCAUGUUGUCUGUGGGCUCUGAGCACGUGGGCAAGAACUUCGUGCUGGAAGCUGGAGCGACUUUGGCAUUUAGAAUCGCCAUGAGCGCUGCUGCCCAGGAAGACGGUGUGGUGUGUGAUUUCUUGACUGUCCACAUAGAAUGCUCUCCACCGUUGCUAAUCGAUAUCGCUGCGGCUUCCGACGCUACACCCAGCGACGAGAUCACAAGCCUAAUCAGGGACUUGGUGCAGAAACGAAGCUUGCAUCAGAGCAGCGCUGGCAACACGCCGGAAGUCGCACUGGUCAAGCCUGCAGAUGCAGAGGAGAGGGCCGUUCCGGCGGCACUGCUCGAAUUCCUGGGAGAGGCACCGAGCGCUGCAGCACUGCGGUGCCAUCAACCAGGGGAGCAAACGAUGUUGCGGCCAGACACGCCAGACUCGGGCCGAGGAGUCUAUCCAGAAGUUCCAGAAGCACCGCUGGAUUGGGAUGAUAGGCCACCCACGCCCAGUCCUGAAGGCUUUCAGCAGCUGGGUGCACCACAAGCAGUACCACGAGCGCAAGCUCCAAUCGAGAGCCAGGCUGCAUCAUGGGAAAUGCAAGAACGAGGAGAAGGCCCACCUCUUCAACCCGAGACUUUCGUGGCUGAGAAGCUUCCCGAAGUGGCUCCAACGGCACAUUUGACGCCAGCAGAAGCCACCAGAAUUGCCGCCAUGCGAGCAAAAGGCUUACUGCAAGAGGCCAAGCCAAAGCCUGCGAUGCCUGUUGCAGAGAGCGUCGAGCCGCCGCGCCCGACGGGCCACGAGGAGGAGGAUCUUUUCUACAUCCCCGGAACAGGAUGGUGUGACAUUUACGGCCGAGCUGUGGAAGCGUUUUCCCCAACCAGUUCUGCGACAUAUUCACCACCCCGUGGCGCACGUUCCGCGCCGAAGAUGGUGGCCAAGGCGGCCCCCAAAACCAGAGAUCAGCAGCAAGCUGCCUGGGCCGGCGGCCUGCACAAGACUGUAGCGGAAAACAAGGCCUCACUGCUACAGCUUGCCUUGGAGUGGCAGAAGAGAAACGGUGCAGUGCAGCUCUACAAGCCUCGACAGGCCACGGCUCUGGUUCUAAUCUCGGAGUUUUUGCUGCAAAGCGAUGAGGUGCACCAAGAGCCGGAGAAGGCCGUGCUCAGCUCCGACAUAGAGCCUCAGGAGCCGAAGGAUGUCGAGGAACUUCCUGGUUAUGAGCAAGCUGACCAUCUCAAAGGCCAGGGCAAGGACAAGUUCGCUCGCGGCGAAGUGAAUGAAGCCAUUACAUGCUGGCUGCAAGCUUUGGACUCCAUCCCGCCGUCAAGUGGGACACGGGGCCUGAUUGGAAUUCUCCAGGGCUCGAAGCACGCAGAGGCCGAGGAGAAAGAGGAUGGCCGUGUUCUCAAAAUGAGAGUCGCAUUGCUGCUAAAUCUCGCCUUGGCGCACAUGAGGCUAAAGAAGUUUCGACAAGCCGUCGGAUUUUGCGACGAGGCUUUGUUCGACGAGCCAGGCAACGUGAAGGCCCUGUACCGCAAAGCUGAUGCACUUGGAGAGCUGUGCGACUGGCACGAAGCAGAAGAGGCAGCUGUAAAGCUGCAGGCAUCGGGCGAAGAAGGUACAAAGCUGGCUACGCAAAAACGAGAGGAGUGGAAGAGGCGGCGGCGUCAAGCAGACGACAAGCAAAAGAAAAUGUGGUCUGCAGCACUUGACAAAGAAAAGGCCGUGCCUGAGCAGCUGCCGGAGGCAAAGCAAGCCACACAGAAAGCAGAGAUAGAAGAAGCCUGGUGCACACCAAAGAUUCAGAUGAUGAGCCCUUUCGACUUGCGCACCAAAAAGAUAGACUGGGAGGAGGGCGAAGACUUCGACGAUAAAAUCUGGAAAGAAUCUUUGGGUCGCAGAGAGGCCACGUUCUACCAGAAGCGAGCUUUGCCCCUGUCUUUGUUGGCUGGGGUGGCUUUGGCAGACCUUGAUCUGCCGAAGCAGUCGGAGCUCGUGGUGCAUUGCAUUCUUGACGGAAACAUGGCACCCUUUGCAGAGCCUCAUGAUUGGAGCGUGAUCCUAAAGAGGUGUCCUGAAGUGCGCAACGUGAUGGUUGUCUACAUUGACAUCGGCGCAUUCCGCCCUGACAAGGACGGGCAGCCUCCUCAGCCCUACGGCACGCUGCUGAGGCCCACGGAAGAAGGCAGGAUUGGAGACCGUGUGGCACGAGCUGCUCGGUUCAUGGGCACUUACAAGGAGUUCAAAUCUCACUGCCAGCACCUGCCAGGUCUCGUGCGUGCUCACAUCGCAAUGUGGGCAGAUGUCCCGCUCUAUGGCUUCAGUGAGGACGACUUUGCCACGCGAUUGCAGGCACUGUCGUUGCUGAGCGCUGAAGGCACUACCUCAGUAGUGACACUCGGGGGCGAAGUUCAGGAACCGGGGAGUUUGCCCAUUGCUCUUCGUGUCGAUGAGCAGGCCCGCCUCUCCAUGGGCAUCCUGGCUGUGGGUAUCGGAUUUCGCAAGUUGGCAGCAUGGCAUUGGAACAGAUUCGUGGUGCCACUAGACCGCGGUAGCCAAGGAAUAGUAGCAGGGCAUGCUUUGGUCGGAGUUCUGGCGCCUAGUUCCAAAAAGACGAGCUUCGUUCCUCAGACAGUCAAGGAGGUACUCAAGCGGCCGUUUAAGCUUCCGAAGCUGGAGAACCCGAAGCAGCAGCAAGAGAAAAUGGCCGAGAUGCGAGACAGGCAGUGGCAGGCCUUUUGUCAGCAUCUUCAUUCGCAGGGGCGGAAGCUGGCGGGGCCAGAGGACAGCGACCAGGAGAAGAAGAUGCAGACUAUGGAGUGGUACAAGUUCAUUGGUGGCGGUGAUAUCGCAGUUCAUUAA